AUGGUGACAAAUAGACCUACAUUGCAUUUUGUCAAUGACUCAUUUGACGAUCUAGAUCACUCGCUUGACAGAGCAUUGAAUAGUGCCACUAAAUCCCAUUCACAAUUACAGUCCACAGAAGAUCAAAAUACAAGAAAACCUAGUCGACAUAGCUCCUUGAAUUCUCAAGGCGCAAUACCAUUACGUGCAUUGAGUACAGAUGGCGAAUAUGAUGAUGAUCAUGAUGGUAAUGGUGAUGGAGAUAGAUUGUUGCAUAGUGAAGAAGAACACUCAUUAAUGGAUCCUUUGAGAAGAACAUCUCGAAAUUCACAAGCUUCCUUAUCAACUCCAGCAUUAGCAAGAUCAAUAUCGAUUACCUCUAAAAUCAAGCAAGCCUACUACAAUUUUAUACACAUUUUCAACGACGCCAAAAGAGAACUCAACCAGGAAAGACUUAAAGGCGCAGGAGCGUCGGACUUUCGGAUCAAUAACCUCUCUAAUGAGCGAUACAUUUCAGCCAAAACUACAAACUUGCGAGCGAAUAACAUCUACCCUUCAAAUGCUAUUCUGAAUGCCAAAUAUAAUCCCAUCACAUUUAUUCCAAUCAUAUUGUACGAACAAUUCAAGUUUUUCUUCAAUUUGUACUUUUUGAUAGUUGCAUUGUCGCAGAUUGUUCCACAAUUGCGAAUCGGUUACCUUUCAUCAUAUAUCGUCCCUUUAGCUUUUGUUCUUACAGUAACCAUGAUGAAAGAAGCCGGUGAUGAUAUCACCAGACGUCGUCGAGAUAAAGAGCAAAAUUUUGAGCGGUACGAAGUACUUAACCGAAAUUCAGCCGAUGCUCUAACAACAGAAUCAAAAUUGGUUGCUUCAAAAAAUCUCAAAGUGGGGGAUUUGAUCAGACUACACAAGGAUGAACGUGUACCUGCUGAUGUUAUUUUAUUACAAUCGUCUGAAAAGACAGGCGAGGUUUUUAUCAAGACCGACCAGUUGGACGGAGAGACUGACUGGAAGUUGAGAGUUGCACCAAACGCAACCCAGACCUUGGAUAGUGUACCGCAAUUGAUUGAUGCUGUAUCAAUUGUUGUUGGUAACCCUACAAAAUCCAUUCACCAUUUUGAGGGACAACUAAUCUACAACCCUAGAACUGUAGAUGGCACGACGUCGCCUCAUUUAUCACAAACAUUUCCCUUGACUGUUGACCAAACUUUAUGGGCCAAUACUGUUAUAGCAUCUGGUGCUGCCAUUGGUAUAGUUACAUAUACUGGAAUUGAAACAAGACAACUGAUGAACACAACCAAGAGUGGAGUCAAAACUGGCUUGUUAGAGCUUGAAAUCAAUAGCUUAUCCAAGAUUUUGUGUGCAGUAGUAUUUGCACUCUCUGUGGUGCUAGUUUUGGCUAAAGGAUUUCCAUUGAAAAAGGCAUGGUAUAUAGACAUUAUGCGCUUUUUGAUUCUUUUCUCAACAAUCAUUCCUGUUUCAUUGAGAGUCAACUUGGAUUUGGCAAAGUCUGUUUAUGCGUCACAAAUUCAAAACGAUGAAUCCAUUCCAAAUACGGUAGUAAGGACAUCAACUAUUCCGGAAGAUCUUGGUCGGGUGGAAUACUUGUUGAGCGACAAAACGGGCACUUUAACAAGAAAUGAAAUGGAAAUGAAAAAACUACACCUCGGGCCAGUUAGUUAUGCCGGUGAUACUUUGGAUAUGGUUGAAGAAUAUGUCAGAAACUUGAUCAAUUAUUUAAACUCUUCUCAAUAUACUCAGAAAAAGAAAGACUUGGGAGCUCGAGUCUGUGAUUUUGUUUUAACGUUGGCACUCUGUCACAAUGUCACGCCAGUUUAUGACGAUGACAUCGAAGAUGGUGCAAGUUUUGGUGAAAUCACGUACCAGGCUGCUUCGCCCGAUGAAAUUGCCAUUGUAAAAUUCUGCGAAGAAAUGGGGUUGAAGCUAUACAAGCGUGACAGACAGUCAAUUACAUUGAUGCAUCUACAUUCGAGAACUUUGUUAGAGUUUGAAAUCCUCAAUAUUUUCCCAUUUAGUUCAGAAACAAAAAGAAUGGGCAUAUUAAUCAAGAGCAAGUUCAAAGACGACAUUUGGUUUAUGGAAAAAGGUGCAGAUACUGUGAUGACCAGUAUUGUGAAUACAAACGAUUGGCUUGAGGAAGAAACUGGCAAUAUGGCUCGUGAAGGUUUAAGGACAUUAGUGGUGGGGAGGAAACUUUUAACCAAAGAUGCAUACCAAGAAUUUGUUGAGAAUUACAAACAAGCAUCAUUGUCAAUGCAAGACCGAGACUAUGCAAUGCAAAAGGUUGUGAGUUAUUAUUUGGAACAGAACUUGGAAUUGCUUGGUUUAACUGGUGUCGAAGACAAAUUGCAGCACGAUGUCAAGUCAUCCAUUGAACUUCUUCGGAACGCCGGUGUCAAAAUAUGGAUGUUGACAGGGGAUAAGGUCGAAACAGCCAAAUGUGUAUCAAUUAGUGCCAGGUUGAUUUCACGUGGUCAGUAUGUGCACGAAAUUACAAAAUUGAAUGACCCUGAUGUGGCGUUGGGGCAACUUGAAUAUGUUGGCACAAACAAAAAUGCAUGUUUAUUAAUUGAUGGCGAGUCAUUGGGCACCUAUAUGAAGUAUUAUCCCGAUGAGUUUUUCAAGACCGCAAUACACCUUCCAGCCGUGAUUGCUUGUCGGUGCUCUCCUCAACAAAAAGCAGAUGUUGCAGUCCAUAUUCGAAGAAUAACAGGAAAAAGAGUAUGUUGUAUUGGUGAUGGUGGUAACGAUGUCAGUAUGAUUCAAUGUGCCGAUGUGGGCGUUGGUAUAGUUGGAAAAGAAGGGAAACAAGCAUCUCUCGCAGCAGAUUUCAGUAUUGAUCAAUUUUGUUAUCUUUCAAAGUUGUUGCUUUGGCACGGUCGUAACUCUUAUAAACGAUCCGCCAAAUUGGCACAAUUCAUUAUCCAUAGAGGACUUCUCAUCUCAGUUGCACAAGUGGUGUACUCCAUUUCCACUUAUUUUGAGCCACUAGCAUUAUACCAAGGUUGGUUAAUGGUUGGAUACUCAACAAUUUAUACAAUGGCCCCAGUAUUUUCGCUAACUCUAGAUUGUGACGUUGAUGAGCGGUUAACCAAAUUGUAUCCCGAAUUAUAUAAAGAGUUGACAUUGGGUAAAUCCUUAUCAUACAAAACAUUUUUUAUGUGGGCUGGAAUCUCGUUAUAUCAAGGAUGUGUAAUUCAGUUGCUUUCCCAGCAAUUGCAGACAAUCAAAGAAAGUAUGUUUAUUACAAUGGUGGCAUUGUCAUUCUCGUGCUUAGUCUACAAUGAGCUAUUCAUGGUUGCUUUGUCUAUAAACAAAUGGAACAAAAUUAUGGCAAGCACUAUUAUCAUCACAUUUAUUGCGUAUGUGGGCUCUAUUCCUUUGCUCCUGGAAUAUUUCAAUUUAACAUAUGUUGCAUCAUUUGCAUAUGUGUGGCAAUGUGGAUUAGUCUUAGGAGUAAGUUUAUUCCCAGUUUGGUUGGUACAAUACUUGAACAGGAAAUUAAGACCACCAAACUAUGCUAAGGUUCAACAAGAUUAG